GUAGUUGAACACGCGAAGUAAAAGACACAUGUUUGGAGUAGGGUAAGUAGCUACUUACCACAUUCCUAGGUAUGAAUUCGAGGAGGACAUUCGAUUUUUAUGGCGGUGGUUCACCUGAACCACUUUACUAUACAGCUCAUUCAUCACCAGAGCCUCAAUAUUCAGACGACGAGGAGGCGGAGGAGCAAAUUCCAGGUUCAUCCAGACUUAACCUUGACCUAGGACCUUCUGCUCUACAGCUCUCAGAUGAUGAUUCUGAGGAUGUACACCCCAGGUCGAAUCUUCACUUGAAUAUCAACUUCAAUCUCGACUUGGACUUCAGUCAAGCUACCCUAGGACACUCUCGCCCCCCUUCACCAGCUCCAACCGCUGAUUUUAGCAUGAUAUCACCGCCAAGCAGUCCUUCAUACUUUCAAUACCACUCUCAAUUCCUUUCCCCACCACAAGGUCGAAACACCCUCCCUUUCUUUCGUACCUCCCCAACCCGCACCUCUGCCCAUGUCCGCAGUCAUAGCUUUGCAUUAGGAACCGGUACUAAACGCCGUGUUCGUCCAAAUAUCACAAAGCUUUGGGAAAGCAUAUCCUCCCCAUCUCCUCGAGGCAGCAAGGCUUCACCUACUUUCUCCCAUAAACAUUUUCCUAGGUCCUCACCUAAUCUCUUGCGUGCAAAACGCAAGAUAAAACGUCCUUCAGUAACAGAUGUUUUUGGUAGUGGGUCCGGGGUUCAGGGUUAUUUAAGUGGCACCACCGAUGUAGACUACGGUGCACUCGACCCCCUCGAUGGCGAGGAAGGCGAACUCGUAGAUCACGACGGUUAUUUCGAUGCAGACUUCAUCUCGUCUCCCUCUUUCUAUACACACUCCGAUUCACCCUCACCCUCGUCCACCACCCCAACCUCAUCUCAACCCUAUUUCUUCCCACCUCAUAUUCCCUCCCAAGCUUACACAAUCUCUCGAUCAGCUUCCACUUCCACCUUUACUUCCACCCGAUCCCUCCCUAUCGCCCAAACUUCCCUCCCCCUGCCCUCAGAACUCACCCUAUACAUCCUCUCCAUCCUACCCCUCCGCUCAGUGCUAGCAUGCAUGCUCGUAUCCAGCUCAUUCUACUCACUCACCAGAGACACCAGCGUCUGGCUAGGAGUAUGGAAAGCCAGAGAAGGCCGCCCAAGAGUACGCGCACGCGCACCCCGCCCAAACCCAUACAGCUAUUCCUACCCACACAACUUUGCAUACGGACUCGCGCCUUUAGUAAACUACAUGUCUUCCUACUCCGUCGUACCACGAGACUCCCUCCCCAGUUUAUCCUCUUCUUCUUCUGAGGAUGACUCGGAUUCGGACGGGUCGUCGCUGCGCUACGCGCACCCGGAUGAAGGCGUGCACGGGUUCCCGCUUCUUGAGGACGGAGAGGAUGGUGAGGGCGAUGGGCCGAGUGGGUGGGCUGUCGAUUGGGGUCGGGUCAAGGCCUUGUGGCAGAGCGGACACUCCAGGGGCGUGUUCCUAGACCAAGACGGAUCAGAAGCUGACCGCACAUCGAUCCGCGUCCCAUCCAUCGCUUACCCUAAUUCGAUCGAAAGGAACCUAGGCCCCCUCCGACUAAACUGGCACACCCUCUACCGCUCCCGCGCCACCCUCGAGAGAAGAUGGCGAAACCCACGUGGUGAACCUCGAGUCAUGCGGAUCGAAGGGCACGGAGACAGCGUCUACUGCCUUGACUUUGACUCGCGGCGCAUCAUCACCGGUUCCAGAGACAGAACCAUCAAAGUCUGGUGUAUCCACACGGGCGAGUGUCUUGCGACAUUUGAGGCGCAUUUAGGGAGCGUGUUGUGUUUGAAGUUUGAAAAAGAUUUUGAUGCUCGUCGGAAGUCUGCUUCGCGUGAGGCUGGGUGCGAAGGUGGUGACGAGGAGGAAGAGGAAUCGCACGGUUUGAUGGUAUCCGGUUCUUCAGACUGUACCGUUCGCGUCUGGGAUCUAUAUGCGAAUCAUCGUGGCAGGAGAAUACGGGCAGACGUACGGGCGGUGCUGCGUGGCCAUUCAGGGGGUGUGUUGGAUCUGCGUAUGGACGAGAAUUGGAUCGUCAGUUGUUCCAAAGACGCACUCAUCAACGUCUACUCCCGCUCAACACUCACCCUACACGCCGUCCUCCAAGGCCACGAGGGGCCGGUAAACGCCAUCGGGCUCGAAGGCGGGAGAGUGGUGAGUGCGAGUGGGGAUGGGAGGAUGAUGUUGUGGGAUGCGGCUAGUGGGCGGUGUGAACGGGUGUUUGAGGGGCAUGAGAGGGGGUUGGCUUGUAUUGAGUUUAAGGACGACUUAAUCCUAAGCGGCUCCAACGACUGCACCAUCAAGCUCUGGCGCGCAUCAACAGGAGAAUGUCUGCACACAUUCGCGGGUCAUACGUUGUUAGUCCGCGCUUUGUGUUUUGAUCCGAAGACUGGGUAUGUGGUUAGUGCGAGUUAUGAUCGGAGUGUUAGGGUUUGGGAGUGGAGGGAGCCUGCUGUUUCUGCUGCUAUCAUCCCUACCAUCGCCUCCCCCUCUUCUCCCACCCCAUUGUCAUCUUCAUUCACCUCCGGAACUUCACCCAACUCAGGAACCCCAUCCAACUCGAGAACCCCCUCCCUCAACUCAUCAACCUCAGCAUACGCAAGCGAUACAGACGUAGCGAGUGUAGUAGGCGUCGCAAAUGGCGUCAUUGGCUAUCGAGGGAUGAGUGAGAAGAGAGGUAUGGGGAGGUUGGUGAGGGAGUUUAGGGAUUUACAUGCGAGUCAUAUUUUUGAUGUCAAGUUUGAUGUGGGGAGGAUCGUUAGCACAUCUCACGACCAGAAAAUCGUCGUUUUGGAUUUUACAGAUGGUAUUGAAGGCGCUGAGAUCUUUGUUUGAUAUACAGCAGCAUUGCGCAUUGGAUUCGUUUUUCUUCCUCUUCCUCUUACUAUUCAUCUUUACCUCAUUCACGCUCCAGACCCAACCAUAUAACCUUGGUGAUACUCAAGGAGAACCCGUCAUCGGCAUCGAUCUAUUUAUUUACCACGCAUCUUAUAUCCUGCAUUGCAAUCGGACUUGUUAUUUAGUUUCGUUUUUGUAUCUAGCCAUAUCGUAGUGUAUGUAUAGUAUAUGAGUUGAGUUAUAGAACGUCGUUUUGAUUUAA